UUUUAAGCGUUUCUCUGAGCUGGUGCACUUUCCAACAUGGCUGGCAAGGUCGUCGAUAAGGCGCUGAGCCUUUUGCGGACUUUCCCUAGAGUCUCUCUGGGGAACCUUAAAGAUAUGCCUGGAUCUAAACCACACAAGGUAAAUCGCAGACGAAGUGUUAAAAAGGGUAACACUCAUGGAAGAGGUAUCAAAGGUCAAGGAGCUAGAGGCACCCUACCUAGGAUAGGAUUUGAGGGUAACAACACACCCUUCUAUCUCAUGAUACCGAAGGAGCCAUACUAUGAAAAUCACCAUUUACGCAAGGAGUAUGUACCAGUAUCCCUGCUUCAGCUCCAGCGAAUGAUUGAACUGAACCGUGUGGACAGCAGUGAACCCCUAGAUCUGACAUCAAUAUGUAACACAGGUCUAAUAAGGGUCCUCCCCAUGCAGAAGCAGUAUGGCAUCCAUCUUACAGAGGAGGGAGCUGACAUAUUUAAUGCACAGAUCAAUAUUGAAGUGCAGUGGGUCAGUGAACUCGUCAUUGCAGCCAUUGAGAGGAACGGAGGCACAAUCACAACCCGUUUUUUCGACACACCUUCUCUCCAGGCUGUUGUAGCUCCAAAGAAUUUCUUUAUGAAAGGGAUACCAAUUCCCAAAUGUAAGAUUCCACCUACUGAUGUUUUUAAAUAUUACACAGAUGCUAAAAACAGAGGAUAUUUAGCCAACCCCAGGGAGAUAAGUAAUGCUCGUUUAGAACUUGCCCAAAAGUAUGGAUACGAGUUACCCAACAUAAAAGAUGAUGAGAAGUUUGAAAUGUUGUCUGCCAGAAAAGAUCCACGCCAGAUAUUUUAUGGACUUGCUCCAGGGUGGAUAGUAAAUCUUCAAGAUGAGACUGUGUUGAAACCCAAGGGGAAGGAACAUGUCGAGUAUUACGAAUCAUGAGGAGAGUUUCAUUCUUUUGUGUUUGUUUUCUUGUGAGAAAGGGCUGUAUGAAUUCUAAGGACUAGGUUAUGGAGAAAGGCAUUGCCUAUACAAAAUGAAAAGCUACAAAAGCUGUAGUAUCAUCUAUUCAAAUAAAUGUAUAAUCAUCAAAAUUGA